AUGUGUCUGGAUACACAGGGAAGGAAGGUUGUUGUUUCACUCAGGUUAAGGAUUAAUAGGAUACAGGAAAAAAUUGUUUUUGGUGUGGGUUGGAUAUCUAAGAAAGGGAUGGCCGGACUUGAUGUUAAGGAUAUAUAUAGUUUGGAGGGUGGUAUGGCGGGGAGGUUUUUGAGUAGUGGUGGGUGUGGUAGUGUGCAGGGCAGCAGGGUGGCGAAUGGAGCGGGAUCGGCAUCUUCGUCGUUGUCGUCGUGUUCUCGGAGAUGUUGUGGGUCGGUUAAUGUGUUAUUUAGCUCGUCGCAGCCCACGUCGCCCACGUCGAGGAGCAUGGUGCAGCAAGUUGAUGUAUCGCGGGAGGUGGGUGGGGAGGUGAUGGAGAAGAGCAAGGUGGUUAGUGUUCAGGAAUGGAGGGAAUUGCAGGAAGGGCUGAGACAGGCGGUAGUUUUGGAUCUGAGUAACCAUGGGUGUCAGUAUUUUAGUGCUAGUAGUGUUGUGCAUCUGUCGUUUCCCAGCACGUUACUGCGGAGGCCCAAUUUUCAGUUUGACAAGUUGAUGCGGACUCUGAAUGACGAGACGCGGGACAGUUUAUUGGCGCAGUUGGAGACGUGUGAUGGGAUUUUGAUACUGGAUGAUGGGUCGUCGUAUUGGUCUAGCUGUAUGCAGUCCACGGUUGCGGUGAUCAGGAAGCUUAUAUUGUAUUUGGAGGAGCAGGGGGAGAUUGCAGAGAAGCCGGUUUUUCUUCUGCAGAAUGGGGUGAAGGCUUUUGAGGAGCAACAUCACUUUGCGGUGCCGAAGGGUACGAAGGAGGUGAUGCGCUGCGGUGGCAGCAGCAGCAGCAGCGGUGGUAGGAGUGCUGAAGGCAAUGACGGUUCGGUAGAGAUCAAUGGGUCAGCAAGGGAUGACAGGGGCAGGCCGAAGAUUACGCUGAAGCUGUGCAUUCCGGAGCAGCAGCCUGCGUCGUUGGCCAGCAGCAGUAAAGGAUAUCGGGGCUGCGGUACAUCCGCAGAGUUAUUUAUUCAGUCUAUGAAGGGAGACACGUUUCAUUAUUCGCCCGGGACCCUGGUAAAAUACUUCAAGUACCGUACUCCCAAUAAGUUACCCAGCGAGGUGCCAGCUUGGUUACGGCCGUUCAACUCUAAUAAUAGUGAUAUAUUGCAAGAGAUCUUGGCCAAGUUUAGAUUGCUUGAGAAAUUGGAAAUAAAACGAUUGCAGAAGUGCCUGUCUAGCGUGACUCCAGGGGGAGGAUGUUUGAAGGUUGCAAAGCACAAAUCAACUAGCCUAUACUCCCUGAAGCAAUUUCAGAAGCAAUUUAUUCUCUCAUCCCGUAGAUCCGAUGCUAGUCACCAACAGCACCAGCAUCACCAGCAACACCUCCCUUUGGAUGACUGCGACGAAUUCGAUGACUCGGGGGAAAAUAAAAACGCCGACUCUUACACUGCUGAAAUAGACAGUUCUAAAUUGAAGCGGGAUAUACACGAAGAAUUAAACGAUGACGAAAACAAAGAGAUUGUGAAUAAAUUAUUAGCUCGCGACCCCAGCUGUGUUCCGGAGGCAGACGAAGGACAAGAAACCCCCCUAGAUAAGUAUGUUAUCACCAAGGGGAUCAACUCCUUUACUAAGAACAGAUACUCAAAUAUCAUCCCAUAUGAACAUACUAGAGUUAGGCUAGAACCGUCUCCCAUUUGGAACGAGCCUUAUUCCAGACAAGUCCCAUCCCAAAGCUCCUUGAGCCUUCAAACAACGCCACCGCCCCUGACAAGUCAAGGGAAUAGUUACAUUAUUAAUUCUAAAAACAAAAACAAAAACAAAAACACCAAUGACCCGAUUGAACACUUGAAAGUAUCUGCAACCUCUUCCUAUUUUACUAAACGAACGGAAUUCCCAACAAACAAAUUCACUUCAUUAGCAGGUUCCUCCUCCUCUUCACCUCACGAACCCUUUAACGACUACUUUAACGCCAACUACCUGAACCUGCCGGAGAUCAAUAACAAAUGCAAGUAUGUUGCCACACAAGCCCCAUUGUUAUCUACAAUUGAUGAUUUUUGGAAAGUGGUCACGUCGAAUAAUGUCAAAGUUAUAGUGUCCUUGAACUCAGACGAUGAAUUAAAUUUAAGGAAAUGGGAUAUAUACUGGAAGUCUGAUAGCAUACAGAAGUACGACAUCACGGUGUUGAAUCAUUUCGAAAAUGUAUGCGGCUUAGAUGGUGCCGUAAUUCGCGUAUUUGAACUCAGAAGGAGGUCAAAGUUGCUAACCGAUUCUGCAGAUAUGAAUAGAAAUAAUAUGAAGACACAUCUAGUAUACCAACUCCAAUACAAAAAAUGGUUGGACUCCUGUGGGAUAGUUAUGUCCGAUUUCAUAAAGUUGUACAACAUUAAAAAUUCAUUGCUCAAUAAUCCAAAGACUUUUAUCCAGAAACUAUUAAAGGGUGAACAAGAUCCACAACACAUUGUUGACAUGAACCAAAGCAUCUUUUGCGAUAGUGAACCGCCAUCACCAUUAUUGGUUCAUUGUAGCGCAGGAUGUGGGCGCACAGGCGUGUUUAUCACAUUAGAUUUCUUAUUAAACAUCUUCCAACCUCCAUUAGAAAAGUAUAACAAGAUAGAUGUUUGGAAUAUGACUGAAGAUCUAUUAUUUAUUGUUGUUAAUGAACUCAGAAAGCAAAGAAUCUCAAUGGUCCAGAAUUUGACACAAUAUAUUACUUGCUACGAAAGUCUAUUAGAGUUCUUUUCGCUAAGGGAAAGUCAUAAAAUGAAAUCAUAA